GGGGGGAAGAAACUGUUUGAGGGCAGGUUACCCCCCCUCUCCUCCCCCUCCCUCCCCCAAAUAAGCCCGGCGCUCCGAGCCUGGGGAAACCUCAGUCCCUUUCUGCUCGCAUCCGUCACCGCGCGCGCUUUCCCGCCCUCCUCCGGGCCGAGCGAAGUUCGCCUCUCGCCCCCUCCCAGCAGCGAGCUUUGGGGGAUGCCUGCCGGCAUGUUCAGCAUCGACAACAUCCUGGCGGCCAGACCCCGCUGCAAGGAGUCGGUGCUGCUCCAACAGCCGCCGCCGCCUCCGCCGCAGAACGCGCCGCCCGUGGUCUUCUCGGCCAGCCUGCACGGCGGGGACUCCCUCUACGCCUCGGCCGCCGCAAGCGACUAUGGAGGAUAUUACUCGCGGGCGGUGGCUCCGGCUUCCAACUUGCCCGCCCUCGGUGGAUCUAGGCUGGGAGGCUACGGCAACUAUUACUACGGGCAGCUCCACGUCCAAGCGUCCGCCGUUGGCCCUUCUUGCUGCGGCGCCAUGCAGCCCUUGGGCGCUCAGCAAUGCUCCUGCGUCCCAGCAACAGGCUACGAAGGCACCGGGUCAGUCCUGAUGUCGCCGGUGCCCCAUCAAAUGCUGCCGUAUAUGAACGUGGGCACCUUGUCACGGACAGAGUUGCAGCUCCUGAACCAGCUCCACUGCCGCCGGAAAAGGAGGCACCGGACCAUCUUCACCGACGAACAGCUGGAGGCUCUGGAAAACCUCUUCCAAGAAACCAAAUACCCAGAUGUGGGCACCAGGGAACAGCUGGCCAGGAGGGUGCAUUUGCGGGAAGAGAAAGUGGAGGUUUGGUUCAAGAACCGCCGGGCUAAAUGGAGGAGACAAAAGAGGUCAUCUUCAGAGGAGUCAGAAAAUACCCAGAAGUGGAAUAAAGCUUCCAAGACAUCCCCUGAGAAGCGACAAGAAGAAAGCAAAAGCGAUUUGGACUCCGAUAGCUGAUAGCUUUUCCCUUCCAGCGCCCCCAAGGAUAAAUUGCCUGUUAGCUUGUCCGGCGGGAUGGACUAUCUGCUGGUACGACUUGCACGGAGAAGAGGUCUAACACUUAUUGCACAGACACUGCCUUUGAAGGAGGACGGAAAGAGGGACCGUAUAUCUAUGUGUGCGUGUGUGUGUGCGUGCGUGCGUGCGUGUAUCUGUAUAUAAUGUACAAGACGACCCUGGGAGCGAUCCUUUUUAAAUAAAACGUGUUGCGGAGGUGUUGCACAGGUGGAUGGAUGACGGGCACCUUUGUUUUGCUUGGCUCUUUUCUGACAGAUUCCCUUUCCACAGCGGCAACGCGAAAGGAUCACAGGCUGGGGCGGGGCGCACGUCUUGUUUAGUCUAGGGGCCUGAGCAGCUCUUUUUGUUUGGUUUGGUUUAAAUUGUUUUGUCUGAUUAGGUAAAAAGAAAGAAAGAAAAGAACUGGGGCGGGGAGAAUGUAGAACUGGAAGCAAAAGCUAUGCUAUUUGUUAUUGAUUAUUGACCUCUAGCCUCAGUC